UCCGUCACACAGCCAUGUCACUAUAUGUAUGUAAGUCCGUCACGCAGCCACAUAACUAUAUGUGUGUACGUCCGGCACACUGCCGUGUCACUAUAUGUAUGUAGGUCCGUCACGCAGUCAUGUCACUAUAGUCACACGUAUGUUUCUGAUUCAAACUGGAUUAUUUUCGUUGCUGAUUACUAUUUGUUGCUUUAAUAUUUUAUCUGUUUUAUUUUUUAGAUUUUGUUUAAUAAUAUUAUACUGUCUGUUUCAGAAAUUUUAGAUUAUUAUCUAAGGCAUACAGGAUUAAUGUCGAAAAAUUACCAGGAUGAACAGACCAAUGAUGAAGAUGCAAAGGCAUAUAAUGAAGAAGAUAAUAACAAUUAUAGUACAUCUACUGAUUCACCUGCUCCGUAUAGUCAAAGUUAUGUUCAUUUUGAUCUUUAUGUCCAAGGUGUUUGUGGUGAUGGACCUGGUCAAUCGAAAAUAACUCAGAUAGUAGCGCACAAUGGAUAUUAUGCAUGUCGAGUAUGUGAACUUCAAGGAAUUUAUAGUGCACGUGAUAAACUAUGUACUUACUCAUGGUCUUUAUUUGUACAUACAAAUCCACGUUUUCGAACUAGGGCUCGAUUUGGAUUAUGCUUAAAAAAAGUUGAACGUCUUUUUAAUAUGGGCAAUACAGAUAUUAAUGUUUAUGGUAUAAAAGGAAUAUCUCCAUUAAAUCAAUUGAUUUUCUUACCUACACAAUCUAUUUAUGACUAUUUUCAUUUGUGUUUUGUGAAAUUGGGUUACAUUGAUGUCGUAAUUAUUUUUAUAUUUGAUAUGGCAGAAUUAUGUGCUGAAUUUAAGUUUCAAUUAUUUUAUUGUUAA